AUGGACCACGACGACUGCGACAAGAAAACUGAAAAGGAUAAAUAUGAAAAAUCAGAAAGAAAUAGAUCGCAGAAUCCCUCCUCCACCGAAGCAGAACCCCGUAACGACCCUUCUCCGACGAAGAAAUCCUCCGCCGCUGCCGUCACCCCUGGGCUAGGUUUUGGGUCGCCGGUCGAGAAGCCGGAUUUCAUCGGCGGUCGGGUAGAUGAAGCUAAAGCGAAAGAGCAGGGGACGAACGAGAGUGCUUUUGUGCUCACCUGGUUAGGGCUCGGCGGAGUCAUUCUUGUUCAGGGCGUUUUGCUCGCUGCAGCAGAUGUGUCAAUUUGGUCCCAGGGGUUCCUGCCAGAAGAAUGGUAUAGGUUCUUUGUGAAGUAUCUGUAUCCAACUUUCACACCAACAGUUGGUUUCUUUGUUGCUGGGACUGUUGCUUAUGGAGUCCUGAAGUAUCUGUAG